UGGAAGCUAACGUGGAAGAAAACCCCAAAAAGCGGAGGAUUUAUGAUGAAGAACUGCUUACAAAGAAGCUCCAGAAAGCCGUUCGUGAAAAUAACAUUAGAAUGGUUGAACAGUUGGUCGACAACGCAAACCUUAAAACUUUCAUCGACGCCAAGUUAAAUGGCAAAUCAAGCAUAGAUCUUGCUAGCGACAAGGAUGUGCAACUUGACAUAUGGGAGCUGCUAUUGAAACAUGCUGACGAGAAAACACUAGCGGGCGAGAACUCCGUUUUGGAAUCAUUCGAACAACUGUUACAAGCUCCAUGUUUUUUAUAUUCGCACGCACACGUUACAACCGCUGAGACACAUUUAUGUCAAAUACAGAAAGUUAGAUAUUGGUUACUAUUAACGAAAGAACGUACCGAGAAAAGUGUCAUAAAGUUAAGGCUACAUUUUCUAUGUGAACUUUGUAGAGUUAUACCAAGUAUCUUUACAAUAAAUGCAUCGGCGGAUGACGUUGAGGAUCUAGCGGUAGAGCUGAUCAAAGAUUACAAGGUCAAUCUCAAUAGCAGUGCUACGAUAUAUUGUCCACUACAUUGGGCUGUCACCACAUCUAACGUGCUACUCUUAAAUUUGUUCCUUGAACAUGGUGCUAAUGCCGAUUGUUUGGAUCGGUUCUUUAAUGGCUCACCCCUUCACAUAAUACGCGACAUUAAAGGCCAACCUAGAAUUCUUGAAAUAGUAGAAAUACUAGUGGAUAAUGGAGCUUCGUUGAAAAGUGAGAAACAUCAAAGGGGUUAUACAGCUCUUCAUUCUAUCAUAAUAAACUUAAAUCCAGUAGAGUUAGAUAAAUUUUUGACAAAGUAUGCUAGGUUGAUUGAAUCAUCUAUUCAAACUAUGCCGUUUCCUUUCACCCACGGACUGCUAAUUCAUCCUGUAGCAUCUAUUAAGCAAAAUUCUAUGCUUGAUAAAGACGUGUUGAAGAUAAGACGGGAUGCUCAAAAUGAUAUCAUCGAGAAAUUAAAAGUAAUUGAGAUGCAUAAAAUUGAAAUCAACACAAAAGAUAUCAACGGUAUGACUAUUCUACACUUUUCUUGUUGGUUAAGGUAUACAGAUGUAGUUAAACAUAUAUUAGCUAAAUCCAAAUUACCUUUACUUCAGAAAGAUAAAUUCGGUAGGGGAUGCUUAUUUUAUGCAAUGACUCAACCAGCCCGGAAUAUCUGGCCCGAAACUGAAAACUUGUCAACUCUGAGAUAUAUACUUGAUUUGUCAAUUUUUAUCUUAAAUAGUAGAGAAAUACCAAAGAAAGACAAACUGAAAUUAGAAUUAUUGUUUGAAAUCUGUACGGCUUACUUAGAGUCUAAAAACAAAUCCCAAAAAAAUAGAGAACCAGUCAACACACAGAACAAAUUCGUUAAGGAAAUUAUGCAAAAGGUUCAACAAUUUGUUGAAAGGCUCAAGAAUCAAUUGGAGCAACGUAAUCCUUUAUUUACUUCUACUAUUGAAUUAGCUGGAAGCACGGGUGAGGGCACAAAAAUUAACCCCCAGGAUGAGUUUGAUUAUCUGUUCAAGUUGACGACUUUAAGUCAGUGCAUCAGACCUGACUGUUUCACUGUACAAGACGAAGUUCAAUUAUGUCUUGAAACACAAGAAAGUGAAUUUGGGAAAGAGGUAAAAGAAUUGCAAGAACAUGACCAAACUUUAAAUGAAGCGCUUAUGAACUCAUUCAAUACUACCGUUUAUAACAUAUUUCAACACAGCUUAUUUUGGGAAGAUCUCCCGUUUUACUGGAGAACCUGUUAUUACAAAGGAACCUCGCCUCCUAAAACCUUGGUUGCACCUUUACAUUUGGCAUACAUCGGCACCCCGACCGACCUAGACCUGGACAUCAGUAUCGAUUUGGUCCCCGAAAUCGUAUUGGACGAUUUACCCGAUGGAAUGAAAGAUCUCAUACCCCCAAAAGUUGUACAUUUUGUACAAAAUUCAGAGGAUCUUAAGUGGGAAAUUAUCGUUAGACAGAAAAAUGCACGGCUAUCAUUUUCCUGUGUAGAAAAGUUGAUAUUACGAAACAUAUUUCCCGAACUGAAAGACGCGUAUACCUUGGCAAAAAGUUUACUUAGUCGUGUACCCGAAACAGAUGGAGUAGAACCAGAAUUAGUAACAUCAUACAUGUUAAAAAACGCUCUAUUCCAUGAGCUUGAUCCAAUAUUAUCGUAUUCUUUGAUAGAUAAACGUAUUUGCAAGUUUUCAUCACAAAACGGGACGCAGAUGCCACAGAAUGAUACGGACAAAAGAGUUUGGACAUCCAGAAUAUUGAAAAGAGCUAUAAAAAUAUUUGGUCAGAGGAAUGGCGUCAGUGUAUAUUGUUUCCCAACAAUAAUUGUGCCUCUCUUUCCCGUAACGGAAGAUGAAUUCGGAGGUAACCCCUAUGUGAGAGUUCUAAACCAAUGCUUAAUGCUGCUGGAUGAAACUAAUUAA